GCACGAAGGCAUGAGAUUUGGAAUUGCGGCCUACAUAAUUAUGGGCUCAUCGAACCAGUCUGGGCCGUUCAUUCAUACAUAGUGAUAAAAAAUGAAUUUUUACUUUUCUACGAGUAGGAAAACUAGAUUGUGAAUUAUAUUUACAGGUUUGGUCGAAUGGAUUGAUAUUUGUUGGGGAAAAAAUAUUGGCAGGUUUUGGUUAUGUACUUAUUUAUAUAUAUAUAUGAUUGGUCAAACACCCAAAAACUUUAUACCAUUAUUAUGGCCAAAUUUUGAAUAAAUUAAGGAAGACUAAAGCUUAGUGGGGAAGGUAAAAUCGGAAAUAAACAGAGGAAUUGUUAGUAAUGUCAUAGAGGGGAAUAAUUCAAAACAAAGAAAGUACGAAAUCACCUUAUUUGUCGCGCGCGCGUCUCUCCGCACUAAACUUGAAAGAAGGAUCAAGUCAAAUUGCAUUUCUAACUAAUUAAAAUCAAAUACUAAAAUACUUUCAAUAUAAUAGGGUAAAAACCAAAAAAAGGAAUUGCUUAGGGUGCCUAACACCAUAAUACUAGGGUGGUAAAAAACAUAUCAUUUUCAUUCCUUGUUGCAGCAAAAGAAAAAUUAAAAGCAGUAACUUGUGUCAUUUCCAAUUGUUCAACAAACAAAUAUACAGUGAAGAUGGUGAGGCGGUGAACUGAGAUAGCGACGAUGCUUUCCACGGCCACCUCUACUAUCAUGGUAAAAAAAUCCUUAUUUGCCUUUCUUUUUCUUUGGUUGUGUCUCUCUCUCUAUAAAUUCUUUUGUUUAAUUUGUGUGUUCGUCAACAACUGUACGAAAUUGUCUUGCGUUAUACGUUAGAACGCGCGCAUGAUUUGAUGCUCUUACGAACAAUAGUAACUAUAUCUUUAACGACGAUGGAGUACAGAUGAGUUAGGAAAAACGAGAUUCACAGCAGCAGCGACAAAACCUAUUUUGAAAGGAGAUUUUACGACAGCAAUGGCCGUGGUGGCAGAGUUACAGAGAUGCAUAAUGUCGUCACCAUUCAUGGGCCGGAAACUGGACUCAAAGGGUAAUUGGAAAGCAGCCUCAAUUUGUGGGCCGAAACCCGCCAAUGGUAAUAAUAAUUUACUGAAGAAGAAGAAGCUUUCUCAUCACAACCCCCACGUCACAAAAGCCUCUAUUGUGCCCAAUAAUGAUGUCACUACGGCACCAAUGGUUGAGCAACAUCAAGCAUACCCGAAAUUUGUCGCGUCGAUAAUUCUAGGUGGAGGAGCAGGAACUAGGCUUUUUCCUCUCACUCGAAGAAGGGCCAAGCCAGCCGUGCCAAUUGGAGGGUGCUACAGACUAAUUGAUGUCCCAAUGAGCAACUGCAUCAACAGUGGGAUCAACAAGAUUUACAUCCUCACUCAGUUCAAUUCCCAAUCCCUGCAUCGCCACAUUGCAAGAACAUACAGCUCUGCAAAUGGUGUGAACUUUGGUGAUGGGUUUGUGGAGGUUUUGGCAGCUACACAAACACCUGGUCAGUAUGGGAAAAGAUGGUUUCAGGGGACAGCAGAUGCUGUCAGACAAUUCAUCUGGUUGUUUGAGGAUGCGAAGCUAAGGCACAUUGAGAAUGUUUUGAUACUAUCUGGUGAUCAUAUCUACAGGAUGGACUACAUGGACUUUGUGCAGAAGCAUAUUGACACAGGAGCUGAUAUUUCUGUCUCUUGCAUACCUAUUGAUGACAGUCGGGCCUCGGAUUUUGGGUUGGUGAAGAUAAAUGAAACAGGAAGGAUCAAUCAGUUCCAUGAGAAGCCCAAGGGUGAUGCUUUGAAAUCUAUGAAAGUGGAUACCACAAUCCUCGGAUUAUCAGCUGAAGAAGCAAACAGGUCACCAUAUGUUGCAUCAAUGGGAGUAUACUUGUUUAAGAAAGAUGUGUUGCUCAAACUUCUAAGGUUGCAUUAUCCAACAGCCAAUGAUUUUGGAUCAGAAAUCAUCCCAAUGUCUCUCAAACAUUACAAUGUUCAGGCAUAUCUAUUCAAUGGGUACUGGGAAGAUAUUGGCACCAUAAAAUCCUUCUUCGAUGCCAACUUAGCACUCACUGAGCAGAAUCCAAAUUUCCAGUUCUCUGACCCAAGGAAGCCAAUCUUCACCUGCCCCAUGUUUCUGCCACCAACAAAGAUAGAGAAGUGCCACGUGAAGGACUCCAUAAUCUCCCAUGGUUGCUUCUUGAAUGAGUGCAGUGUAGAACAUUCCAUUGUUGGGAUUCGCUCAAGACUGGAGUUUGGAGUUGAGAUCAAGGAUACUAUGAUGAUGGGAGCUGAUUACUACCAGACCGAGGCGGAGAUAGCAGCCGAUCUAGCUGAUGGAAGAGUUCCCGUUGGUGUCGGGAGAGAUACCAAGAUCAUGAACUGUAUCAUCGACAAGAAUGCUAGAAUUGGUAGCAACGUGGUGAUAGCAAACAAGGAUAAGGUGGAAGAGGCAGAGAGAUCAGCAGAGGGAUUCUACAUAAGAUCAGGAAUUACAGUUGUGAUGAAAAACUCUGUGAUAAAAGAAGGAACUAUCAUAUGAUAGGAGAGAUAGAAGUACUUGAUGAGAAGCAGGACACAAAACCAAACUUUUGCCUUUUUCCCUGUUCGUGUUUCUCUGUUUGGAUUCAUGUCAGUGAGGUUUCAAUCUAUUUUUUUUGGCUCAUAUUAUGUAGGUGGAAAGUAGAUAGGCUAUGAGAUUGUUGAGAAUGAGAAGCAUUUUUUUUUUUUUUUUGGACAAAGAAGCAUUUUUCAUUCUAUAGCCCAAUUAGAACAUGUCCAUAAAGCCAGAAACUUUUAAAAAAAAUUAUCUUCCAUAAAAAAAAAAUUAAUCUCUUUUGCCUACAAAGGAAGAAACAGAAAAGAAUCCUAUUCUAGUAGACCAUAAUAAACAGAUGUCAUGUAGGAAGGACAAAGAAAGCAUCUAAAGAAAGAAUCUAAUUCCACAAUUUGAGGAGUUGAUAACCAACUGCUGCAAUCAUGUUUGUGAUACCAAAUACCAAUUAAUCACACACAAAAAG